AUGGAUCCGACCAAGUCAACGGUGACCGAGGACGGCUUGCGGGUCGAUACCUACUACCUCGAAUGUCUGGCACAAGCCAGCUAUCUGGUUGCUCAUGAGGGACAAGCCUUUCUCAUCGAUCCACGCCGCGAUAUUGAAAUUUAUGUCAAGGCCUUGGCCGAUCAGAAACUCACGCUCAAAGGCAUUCUCGAAACGCAUCUGCAUGCUGAUUUCGUCUCCGGGCACAUGGAGCUUCUCAACCAAUAUGGCUGUCCCAUCAUGAUCGGUCGCAACGCCGGCGCCAAAUUCCCCCACUAUAGUGCCAUGGAUGGGGAUUGCCUGGCUCUCUCCUCCCGAUACAGCAUUCGCGCCCUGGAGACCCCCGGCCACACCUUUGGUUGCGUGACUUGGGUUCUUUAUGACAACACGAGCAACAAGCCCCUCAAGGCUUUUACGGGCGACACGCUCUUUGUGGGUGGCUGUGGCCGGCCCGACCUGGUGGGCGCUCUGAUUGAAGGCGCCACCCCCGAGAAGCUGUCCCAGCAGAUGUUUCAUUCCCUUCACCACAAGCUUUUGCCUCUGGGCGAUGACGUCGAAGUAUUUCCCGCCCAUGGGCCUGGCUCGCCUUGCGGGAAAGGCAUUAGCCAAGAGUUAUCCUCGACCAUUGGCAACGAGAAACGCACCAACCCAGCUCUCCAGUUUUCCAAGGAGGCAGACUUUGUGGCCUUCAACACAGAUGGACUGGAUCAAGCCCCGCAGUACUUUCCCAAUGCCGUCAAGACGAAUCUCACCGGUGCCUCCCACCUUGAUGCGGAGGUGGCUGCCAUCCCUCACCUCGACCCCAUUGCUUUCAACGAAGCUCUAAAGGCCAACGACGAGGUGAUUGUUCUCGACACUCGCGGUGCCACCGCUUUCGCGUCUGGCCACGUUCAAGGAGCCACGAACAUCCCACUUGGUGAGGGAGGUGGUGUCAAGCUCAACUAUGAAGAUGGAAACUUUGCCAUUUGGGUUGGUACCCUCAUCAAACCAGGCAUCACAGUUCUUCUGAUCACGGCCGUGGGCAAAGAGACUGAAGCUCUUCAGCGCCUCGGCCGCAUCGGCUACGCUGCCCAAGUCAAGGGCGUGCUCCAAGGUGGCAUGGCUGCUUGGCGGGACUCGGGGUUGCCCACCCAGAGCUACGAGCGCUUUGUCAUGAAAGAUGCUGCAGUCGCCACGCAACUGCAGAACGACCCCUCGACGGUAGUCGUGGACGCCCGCACAGCGGGUGAAUUCACUUGCGCCGUGCGUGGCCACUUCAUCGGUGCCAUCAAUUUGCCCUUGGCCGAGAUGCCCAAGAGUGCCACUGUCUUGGACAAGAGCAAGCACUACGUUGUAUACUGCCUUGGCGGCUUUCGUAGCACCAUCGCAACCUCCAUUCUGCGGCAACACGGCCUCGAUGCCGUCGACAUUGUCGAUGGUUACGAUCGUGGCGUCCUCGGUAAUGCCCGAUGCCAUACCACCGCCCAAGGUACCUGUACCAAGACAGCGGCCUAA